AUGAGCGAUGACUUAACUCCAUGGGACAACACCACUGCCAGUCCCACGCCAGUGUCCGGCUCGGUCAGCCCCCAGGAUGGCUCUGGGCUGCUUCUCGUGCUGCUCUCCGUCUUCAUUGGGGGGACGCUGGUGGUGCUGUCAGGAGCCCUGAUUCUGUGCCGGCGCUGCUGGGAUGCCCACCGCAGGUACUCCAGGGCCAGUGAUGACCCAGAGAAAACGACCACCACCUACCUGGACGACUCCCAGCCCGCCCAAGAUAUCACCAUCAAAGUGGACGACCCAGAAUGCCUGUCGUCUUCCAGCUACCGAGAUGUGGACACCGAGCGCUUCCUGGCCACCAGCUCCACUGGCCGCAGGGUCUCCUUCAACGAGGCAGCCCUGUUUGAACAGAGCAGGAAGGCGCAAGAAAAAGGACGGAGGUAUACCUUGACCGAGGGGGACUUCCACCACCUCAAGAAUGCCCGUCUCACCCACCUCCACCUGCCCCCGCUGAAGAUCGUCACCAUUCACGAGUGUGAUUCCAGCGAGACCAGCGUGGCCAUGACGCCCCGCCUGGCCGCCUCGGGCUCUAAGACCAGCCUGUCCAUUUUCCAGCCCCGAGUCAGCGCCCCGGCCCCGAAGGCCCUCACCGGCCACUCCAUGUGCCCCAGCUCCGCCCUGCCAGGUGACCCCUACAACUCCACCGUGGACACUGCCAGCUUCGUGGAGGCCAGCCCAUCUGCGUCCACCGACUCUGGGGAGGGCACCUCGCUUGACGCCGGUGCCAGGAGCUCCACGGCAGGCACCUCCGGGGGCAGGAUGGGAGAGGCUGGGCCGGCUCCAGGCCCGGGCACCGUCCUGCAGUUUUUCACUCGACUCCGGCGACACGCCAGCCUCGAGGGGGGCAGCCCCUACUUCAAGAUGAAAAAGUGGAAGCUCGAGGCCAGUCACCGGGCAUCCAGCUUGGACACCAGGGGUUCUCCCAAGCGCCACCAAUUUCAGCGGCAGAGGGCGGCGAGCGAGAGCAUGGAGCAAGAGGACCGAGACCCCCACCAGACGGACAUCAUCCAGUACAUCGCCCGCACAGACGCUGCGGCCUUCCCGCCCCCCGCCGGCCCCACCAGCCCUCCACCCGCUCUCGGCAGGCUAGAGCCCCCGGACGUGCCGGGGACAGCAGCAGCAGCAGCAGCGGCGGGAGCCGCCGGAGGAGUCCCCGAAUCCCCCCAGGAAAGAAGCAGCAGCAGCAGCAGCAGCAACGGGGUUGAGCAGCAGCAACAGCAGCAGCAGCAACAGCAGGCCAUGUAUCGGGACAUCUGGAGCCUGCGGGCCUCUCUGGAGCUGUACGCAGCGGCGUCCGACCAGAGCAGCGGCAACGACCAGGACUCGGUCCGGAGUGGGGACAGCGCGGGCUCCGCCGGGGCCGGCCCCGGGGGGAGCCUCCCGCCGUCUCACGAGCUGGGCGAGACGGAAGCGGAACGGGAGGCGGAGGCGGAGGCGCAGGCGGAUCGGCCCGGGCCCGGGCCCGGGGAAGGGGGUGAAGCGGGUCCCCGGAAACUGCUGCAGAUGGACAGCGGCUACGCGUCCAUCGAAGGCCCCGGACGAGCCGGCGACGACGCCACCCCGGCCACGGCGUCCGAGAAGCGCUUCUGCUUCACCAGCGCUGGGCGCACAGGCACCGUGUUCGACAGCUUCGAGGCCGCGCUGGCGGCGGCCGAGGCAGAGGCCCGGGCCGGGCCCGAGGCCGAGCCCCAGCCGGAGGCCGAGCCGGAGGCCGAGGUGGAGUCGCUGCGUGGGGCGCAGGGGCUGCUGCUGCUGCGGGCUUGGCCCCCGCACGGGCAGCUGCUGCUCCCGGCCCCCGCCGCCACCGCCACCCCCGGCCCCUCCGUGGCCGCAGCCCCCGCUGCUGCCUCCGCCGCCUCCCUCGCAGCCUCCCUCGCCACCUCCGUCUCCUCCUCCGGCGCCGCCGUCCCCGCUGCUGCUGCCAUCGUUCCCGGGCCCGGGACCGGUUCCGGCCCCGGCUCCGGCCUCGGGUCCGUCCUGGCCCCGCUGCCCCGGCGCGACUACAGCAUCGACGAGAAGACCGACGCGCUCUUCCACGAGUUCGUGCGCCAUGACCCACAGUUCGACGAGGGCCCGCGGCCGCGCCACCGCUCCCGGGCUCACGCGCGCAAGCAGUGGCAGAGGACGCGGCAGCACAGCGACCCCGGCGCCCGAGCCGCGCCCCCGCACGCCCUGCCGCCGCUGCAGCCGCCGCCGGGGCCCCCGUCUCUCCUGCAGCCGCCGCAGCCCGCGCCCCACGUGGCCGCUGCGCCCGAGCGCCCGCGCGCCCCCUUGCGGCGCGGAGACAGCGGCCCCCCGGAUGCCCGCGCUUUCCACAGCCCGCUGCCCCGCAUCGUGAGCUCCGGAGGGAGCUAUGGCAGCAGUUCCUCUUUUUCAUAA